CACUCUCACUGUGUUCUACUUUCAGCUCUUUCUGUUUUGAGACCCGACUCUCUCCCUGUUGGCUUUUGCCUCCCGCACUAGUUCUUGGAGAACGCUCCAACAUAGUCUCUUCUUCCUUUGGUGGCCGAGCGUCUUUUGCAGUCACCGCUCUCUAUUUUUGGUUUUUGAUGGUCCUGAGGAGAUGCAGGUUUCCUGUUCCUGCGAUCAUUCUUUGAUACUCUCCUUCUUGCUUCUGCUAGUGUGAGAUUAUUGGGCUUCACCCACGAGGGAGGCUGUGCCUCUUCUCGACUGUCGUACACUGUGUCGCCUUGAUCAAUAAUAGUCUCACUUCCUUGUUGGUGUCUCGUGAAGGUAGUUGCUCCUGCUCCGACCCCCUCGAUGUUCCUCCCCAGAUCUACUCUUUGACUUCGCUUCUUUGAUUAAUAUGAGAAGAAGCACUUCUAGUUGGGCUCUUCUUCCACUCUCGCUCCUCCUUAUCUUCUUCCAUGUAUCAUCUGAAGGAGAAGUGUCCAUAGCUCCCAUGCAGAGGACAGAGCAAGAAGCUUUGUAUUUAGUUAUUCAAGACGUUGUUGGUAAACGGUGGAAUGGUUCACAACUUUAUCCCGACCCUUGCGGAUGGACUCAAAUCCAGGGAGUGUCAUGCGAUCUGUUUGACGGGAUGUGGUACGUCACCGGCCUAAGCAUCGGUCCGCUCCUCGACGGCUCACUCGAAUGCGCAGAGGAUGCAGUGUUUAGUCCACUGCUAUUCGAGUUGAAGCAACUCAGGAGGCUUUCCUUCUUGGGUUGCUUCUCUUCGCAUCGCCAGACCACCAUCCCCUCGCGCCACUGGGAGAAGCUAGCUGGAAGCUUGGAGACUCUGGAGUUUCGAUCGAAUCAAGGCCUCGUCGGUGAAGUCCCGGCCGACCUCGCUCAGCUCACAAGACUGCAGUCGCUGGUGCUUGUCGACAACUCCUUGUCUGGCGAGUUGCCACGGGAACUCGGCAAUCUGGCUCGGCUCAAAAGGCUAGCGCUCGCCGGGAAUCGAUUCUGCGGUUACAUCCCGGCUUCUCUUGGGAGCAACAUGGCCGAGCUGUUGAUCUUAGACCUGAGCAGGAAUUCUCUGACCGGUUCUCUUCCUUCCUCGCUCGGCCAUCUUGCUUCGCUCUUAAAGCUAGACCUGAGUCACAACCUCCUAAAUGGGAGUAUCCCAUCGGAGCUCGGAAGCCUCGGGAGUCUUACUCUACUCGACCUCAGAAACAACGAGCUAUCCGGUGUUCUGGCUCGGGCUCAUACUCUGCACCGCAUGGUCUCGCUCCAAGACUUGCUCCUCUCCGACAACCCAUUGGGCGGGAGUCUAUCGGAAGUCCAGUGGGAGAACCUCGCCAACCUCACCACCCUGGACCUUUCUCGUGCCAACUUAAGCGGAGCAAUUCCAGAAUCGAUCGCGGGGUUGAAGAGAUUAAGGUUCCUUGCGUUGGAUAACAACCGGCUCUCCGGCAGCGUUUCCCCCAAGCUUGCGACUUUGCCUUCUCUGACUGCGCUCUAUCUCAAUGGCAACAAUUUGACAGGGGAGCUCAGGUUCUCCGACGAGUUCUACCGAAGAAUGGGGAGGAGAUCCGCUUUUUGGGACAACCCAUACCUCUGCCAUGGUUCAGUGGGUAUGCCGACAGGCGUAGAACAAUGCAAACAAGCGCAGCAGACGACGUCUAAUCCAGAAGACAAGGCUGCAUACGAUGGGAACCCCGGUAAGAGUUGGAGCAUGUCGACCUCGUUUGGCUUACCGGCUUCUUCAAUUAGUGCUUGGUGGGGAGUACGUGUUCGAGAGUCGGUGGUCGCGCUUCUUUUGGUCAUGUUGUUGGAGACGCUCUUAAUCAUGCAUCCAUAGACAACCUUCUUUUUUU